AUGUGGCGGACGGGGGCGGUGGGUGCCGUGCGCGCCGCGGGACGGGCGGCAGCGGCGGGGGCGGGGGUGCGGCGGGGCGGUGGCACCGGGGGCGCCCCGAGGGCGGGCACAGCCGCCGUCAGCAGCGGCCUCACGCAGUUACAAUUUUCUUCAGAUGUGAAGAGCAGGACUGUUUGGCUCAUGAAUUUGAGAAAUGCAGGAACUCUGAGUGACACAAGCUCUUUAGAUGAAACCACUUACGAGAAACUGGCUGAAGAAACACUGGACUCCUUAGCAGAUUUCUUUGAGGACCUGACAGAUAAGCCUUUUACCCCAGAAGAUUAUGAUGUCUCUUUAGGGAGUGGAGUACUAACAGUUAAACUGGGUGGAGACAUGGGAACAUAUGUAAUCAAUAAGCAAACACCAAACCGGCAGAUUUGGCUGUCCUCACCCACUAGUGGGCCCAAGCGCUAUGAUUGGACUGGACGGAAUUGGGUAUAUGCUCAUGACAGAGUAUCUCUUCAUGAACUACUAUCAAAAGAGUUUUCAACAGCUUUAAAAACUAAAUUGGAUUUGUCCUGCUUAAUAUAUUCUGGGAAAGAAGAUACUUGAUUAUAUUCUACCUCAUGGAAGUUCAAAAACUUUAACCUCAAGCCAAGCUCUUUCUUGGGCUGAAGUACCUGAGCUUAAUUCUGUGGUUUUCUUUGGCAUCAAUAUGUUGUGCAACCAAAAUGAAAAUAAUAUGUUUUUUCUCUAGUGCUCAGUCUUUGGAUUUCUGUGUCGCUGUUUAAAUCUGUGUCCGUGUAGUACAGGUGGUUGAGGUCGCCCAUCUUGUCACUUCAUUUCUUGCUUUCUUUAUGCAGAAGUCAUGAAUUCCUAGUGUCUGUAGACUUGUUUGCAUGUAAGGACUGACCCACCUGGUGACUUCUGACCAGCACACAAACACUGAACUUUUCUUGGUGAAACAUUCAUGCAAAACAAGAAAUGCCUGUGAGUUACAUUGACAUAAAUUGUGGUACUGUGAAUGUAUUGCCUCGAAAUUUGUGGCUAUAGUAAGUAACACAUCAUAGUCACAUUGAACAUGUCAUAAUGCAUGUAAUGACAGUUUUUUCUCUUAGUAUUACAGAACUUGCUAUUUUCUCCAAAUUCUAAAUUGUAGUUUGUUUCACCUCAGGAUUUUUUUUAAGCUAAACUUUAAAUUACUUGGAGAUUUGUGUGGCUCUAACCAUGAUAUGGAACUGGAAAGACUAGUAUGUGAAGUUUAAGCUGUACAACAGUGUCUCUACAAACAUUUCAUUCUGUUACCGUGCAUUUCUCUUUCUCUACCUUUUUGUUCUUCAAAGAGUAAAAAUAAAUACUUUUUUCUUUUGAGCUGAGCAAAAUUAAGUUCAUGGUAGCAAAAAUUUGCACUGAUUUUAUUCUACUGCAUCUCUUAAGUGAUUUUAGAUUAUCUUUUUAACACCAUGAUACAGCAAGGCUCCCCCUGGCACCAUGCUGAUGCAGAAAUUUUUUAGAACCAGGUAUGGUUCUUGGGCUGAUGAAGCUGUCUUUGUCAGGCUGUUAAAUAUGUGAAGGAAAUAAACUAUCUACUUCAGAUCUUAAAACAGAAACUUUUAAAAGAAAUGAUGAACAGCAACACUUCAGCAUUUGCACUAUUAUAUUAUUACCACUUGCAGGCUUUAACCACCUAUAAAAUGGAAGGACCAAGUUGUUGACUAAUAAAUGAGGAAGCAAUUAUACCAUACUCUUGCAGAUUGUGUGAAAAUAUGUUCAGAGCAAAAUAUUUUUCUUCUUGGUUUCUCUGAUGCUAUGGUUAGUUUGGCAUGAUUCUCUAGCUAGCUUGACAGGUAAUGAUUGGUUUUGUCAUUGAAAAACAAUAACUGUAAAGUGUUCUUGCCCAGUAUUUGCAUUUAGAGUAUAAGCAUUGUUACCUGCUAUUUCUCACUACUAAACAGAGAAACAUGUCACCAGAAGUAGCUCUUAGUUAAUGGUGCAUGCUGUUUGCAUGUUUUACAAUCAAUAUAAAUUUCAGCUCUUCCAGAUGAGGUAAAUACAAUGACUCCCAAAUCUCAUGAAUCUUACUAAAAAAUGACAGGGAGUUAAAAAUAGAACAUGUUUUUGCUGUUCUGAAUUUAGAACACUGAAGAUAAUUUACAGCAUAUGGAAGUAUGUAUUUUUUAUGUAGUUAUUUUUGUAAUAUUUAGCUUGAUCUCCUACAAUUUCAGAUAGUCAUUUAAACACGUUUGUGUAGAAGUUAAUGACUUGAUAUUUGAAUCGAGAAUACUUUUUCCUGGUUAUGCCUUUGCCUGACCAUGUGUAAUUAUUUUUUCCAAUUGAUUUUUCCAAAAAUUAUUUUCUUAAGUAAUUUGCAUGCAGUAUGACCACUAACAUGCAUCUGAUUCAUAUUUGGAUGUUCAUUCUCCAUUCUCUUACAUCUGGUACAAAUGUUUAUACCAAAAUAAAGUUGCAUGUAGAAUUCUUAA